AUGUUGAACAUUCCUAGAUCAUUCUUGCGUGAAGUAGACUUGAGGCACGGUGCUGCGGUAGCUCUUCGGGGUCCUAGUGGCAUGAAAUGGGCAGCUAAAGUUUCUCGAAGGCCUUCUGAUCAUCGUGGUCAGAUUCGCCAUGGCUGGGGUCCCUUUUCAGUUGCUCAUAAUCUGGAAGAAGGGGAUGUCUGCGUCUUCGAAUUAACUGAACAUGUGUACCCCAUGAUCGAUGUGCAUAUUUUCAGGGUGGUGGAAGAAAUAACUCCACUUCAAUUCAAAGAACACAAACGUGGACUCAGGGCAGGAAACAAAAAAUGA